CCUAGGCUUCCUCUGCCCUCCUACAUCUGCAGCUUUCCUUUCCUUUUCAGAGGCGCUCUGGAAGGCAGGGUGUCUUAGGCAUGGGCCAGAGAUGCUGCUGUCACUGCUGGUGCUUCUGCCCCUGCUGUGGGGAGGGUCCCGGACUCAGAGUUUGAGAAUCAAGCUGGAACUAAAGGAAUCCGUGACAGUGCAGGAGGGCCUGUGUGUCCUUGUGCCCUGUAAAUUUUCCUACCUUAGGGGUUCCUAUGGAUACCGCCACAUGUUUUGGUUCCGAGGAGGGGCGAGUAUACACCAGCGUCUUCCAGUGGCCACAAACAAACCAGAACAGAAGGUGCAGGAAAGGACCCAGGGCCGAUUCUUCUUGCUCGGGGAUCCCUGGGUCAACAACUGCUCCCUGAGCAUCAGAGAUGCCAACGUGGAAGACAAUGGGAUGUACUCCUUUGGAAUGGAUAGUGCCUAUAAGAGAUACUUAUAUGGAGAUAAGAUGUUCUCUCUGAAGGUGACAGCCCUGACUCAAUCACCCAACAUCCAGAUCCCAGGAAUCCUGGAGUCUGGCCACCCCAGGAAUCUGACCUGCACUGUGCCCUGGGCCUGUGAGCAGGGGACACCCCCCAUCUUCUCCUGGAACUCAGCCGCCCUCACCUCCUUGGGUCCCCGGGCCCACCUCUCCUCAGUGCUCACCCUCUCCCCAAGACCCCAGGACCAUGGCACCAGCCUCACCUGUCAGGUGACCUUCCCUGCAGUUGGUGUGACUGUGAAGAGGACCAUCCAGCUCAAUAUCUCCUAUGCUCCACAGAACAUGGUCAUCACAGCCUCCCAGGGAAACAGCACAGCCUUCAAGAUCUUGGGAAAUGCCUCAUCCCUUCCCAUCCUUGAGGGCCAGUCCCUGCGUCUGGUCUGUGUUGCUGACAGCAAUCCCCCUGCAUUGCUAAGCUGGUUCUGGCAGUCCCCAAGCCUGAACACCUCCCUCAUCUCCAACACUGGAUACAUGGAACUGCCUCAAGCAGGGACUGCAGAAGGAGUGUUCACCUGCCAAGCUCAAAACCAACUGGGUUCCCAGCAUGUUCUUCUGAAUGUCUUUGUUCACUGGAAACCAGAACCCAGGUCAUGUUCAGAAGUCCUGGGAGCUGCUGGAGGAGCUAGCGGAAUGGCCUUGCUUUGUCUCUGCCUUUUCCUCAUCUUCAGAGUGAAGACUCAGAGGAAGAAAGCAGCUAGUACAAUGGAAGGCGUGAAUGAUACAAUCUCGGUCUUGGGUUCAGGAUCAUGGGGACAGCAGCACCAGUUCCAGAUAGGCAUCCCUUCAGACCACCGAGGCCCUGCUGGGCCUGGCCCUAUCUCAAGAGAGAAACAAGAGCUCCACUAUGCAUCCCUCAACUUUAAGAAGCUGAGGCUGCAGGAACAGGAGGACACUGACACUGAAUACACAGAGAUAAAGACAUACGAAUGAGAAAGUGCUCAAAGUCACAGCCUUGAGUGGAAAGCACAUGAUCUCUCUCAGGUUUUGAUUCUUUAAAACUGAAUGGACUUUGGUAAUGGAUUAUACGAACGUUCUGGCAUAUGUGGAUUUCUGUCCAAAAGACCUGAGUUCAAAUCCACCUAUGUCACUUAUUGAGCAAGUCACUUUAUAUCCCUGUGCCUUCUUUAUAGCUCUGUAAAGCAGGCAAAUAAGUUCUAUGUAACAAGGUUAUUUGGAGUCCCUGGAUGACACAAAUGAUUAAGUGUUUGAGUACUAACCAAAAGGUUGGUGAUUCAAACCCACCCAGAGGCAGCUCUGAAGAGAGCCCUGGUGAUCCGCUUCCGAAAGUUCACAGCCUUGAAAACCCUAUGGAGUGGAGUUCUAUUCUGCACAUAUGGUGUCAGCAUCAGUUGGAAUCGGCUUGAUGGCAACAGGUAACCAGGUUACUGUGAAAGAGUACAUAUAAAACAGCUCAGAAUAGUCUUGACACAAAGCAUGUGGUCAGUGAAUGCUAGUUAUUUCUUCCCUGAACAGAAAGUUUAUGCUGACAAUUUUUCCUAGGUCUUGGAGGGGUAAGUCCCAGAGGCCAUAGCACUAGCUGUCUGUGUCACUCCCAUCUCAAAGCUCUUCCAUGACUUACCCAAAUAAAGUUCCUGUCCUUCAUCUUUCUAUUCAAGACUCCAUGACCUUGUCCAUGCAGACUUCUCCAACCUCAUUUCUCACCAGUCACCCAUAUUCCAUGUCAAUUCCAGCAGUUGCCUUUUAGAUCUCCUAGCUUCUGUUCCUUCAGUAAAACUGAAGAACACCAAUGAAAAAUAAUGACUAAGUGAAAUUAUUAAGAUUAGCUGGAGGGUGGGAGGGGAUGAGGAGGGACUGAUUAUAUUGAAAAGACCACAGUUAGACUGACAGCUGGUUUAUCAGUAGCAAUAUUGAAAGCCUGAAUACAAUAGAACGUUGUCUUCAACACCCUGAGAGAAAUAAAUGUUAGUUUACGUAGUACUCAAUGAAAAUGUUUGAAGACUCAAGGUGAAAUAAAGGUAUUUUUAAAACAACAAAAACUAUUCAUGUGGUGCAAUGGUUGCUUUUGUAUGGCCUUUAUCUCCAUGGUCUUGUAACUUCCACCUGAUUGGGAGGGAUCAUGCAAAUAAGGUCUAUGGAACCCUAACAAAGAGGUUGGUCAUUUUGCCAUCUUGCUAGGCUUAAAAUGAGCCAUCUCAGAGGUGGGAAAGAUAGGAUCUCACCACCAGCAAGGAAGAACAGCCAGGAAUGGAGUGUGUCCUUUGGACCUGGAUCCCUGUGCUGUGAAGCUUGUGGAACCAGAAGACAGAGAGAGAGCUGUAACACUGAAGACAGCAAGAUGGUGAAAAGCAAUGGCAGAGAACUGGCAGCAGCAGAGGCAGCAGAACCAGGAGACUGGCAGGAAACUGGCACGAGAUGGCGUGGUGGCCUUCCUGGUCCACAGGGCGAGAAAGCUGAGUGCCUUUGGGGAAGAGGCUUGCUGAAGUUGUAGGGUGCCUCGGGACAAUUUGUGGAGCUAGGUUUUGCUAACCCAAGGAGCUUGAGGCGAGUGCCUUUGGGUCGAAGCUUACUGGCGGAGUGGCGUACCUCAGGGCACCUAUCAGCUGAGCUAAAAGAGCUUUGUAACACUUGUCUGAGGAGGGCAGAAUUCAAGGGGCCAGAGAGAGGCAAGCCUGUGGGCACAGCUGAGAAGAGGCUCUCCUGAUGGAAGAGCUGGAUCCUUAUCCCUAAUAAACCCCAUAAUCGUUAGUAUUGUCUGUGAGUUCUAUGUGGCCAUUGCAAUGAGCUAGUGAAUUCAGUAGAGAAGUAGAGAGCACCCUGGGAGGGAUGGUUGGUGUCAGAAUUGGUAAAGAUGGAGAGAGGAGGCAUAUCUGACCUCUGCCUCAUAGAAAUGGCCUUGGGUUGUUAAUCUUGAUUCUCCUUCCCCUUGUGAAGUUAGAGGAAGUCAGAUGCUACUGCCACGCCAGUUUUACAAUUCACUUCCAUAAAUGUGAUGUUUUUCCAAAAUGGAAAAAUAUGUUACCCAAAUCUUCAGUCGUGAUUCAGUGUGGAUCUGUAUUUCUGGCCAUCUCUGAGUUUGAGUUCAGGUGAAAAGAACAACCAAAUGUACGAAUGCAAUUCUGCCACUAGGAGAACUUGCCUUCAGCACUGUCUUUCUGGUUUACUGUGCUUGAGUUUGUAACAGUCCACUUCCAGCUGUGCCAGCAUAUUGU